GUUUGUAUUGUUGUAUAAAAAACACACACUAUUUGUAAACACAUUGUGUUUAUUAUUGUCAUUACAUUCAAACACAAAACAAACACUCAGUAGUGGUCGACAAUCACCGCAACUGAUCCCACAAUAGUCUGGACAACAACAACAACAACAACAACAACAACAACAACAACAACAAUGGAGACCCUAUUGGAACAACAGAGACGAUAUCAUGAAGAAAGAGAGCGAAUCGAAGACUCGAUGGUCAAAGAACAGAUGGCCAAAAAAAGUUCGAAUAGGGAUCAAAUCAAUUCCGAUCAUCGAUUGAAGAUACUUCUCGACCGAUACGUCGAGUGUAGCGAAAAUCUGCUUGAAUUGUAUGAAGACGGCGACGGUAGCCGAAAGUCCGAGUUGGAGGCCAUGUCCGGACCCAAUGAAUUUUCUGAAUUUUAUUUGCGUCUAAAAAAUAUCAAAGAGUUUUACCGAAAACAUCCGAAUGAGAUCAGUAUACCGAUGUCCGUAGAGUUUGACGAGUUUUUGAAAUUAAGAGAAAAUCCCAAUGAAAUCAAUUUAGUCGACUUUACCGACGAAGAAGGUUACGGAAAGUUUCUGGAUUUGAACCAAUGUUUCGAAAAGUAUAUCAAUCUGAAGGGCAUUGUCGACAAAAUCGAUUAUUUAACUUAUUUGUCAUGUUUUGAUCAAUUGUUUGAUAUACCGAAAGAUAAGAAACUGAAUGCCGAUUACGGCCACUAUUUGGAGGCAUUGCUCGACUAUUUGCAGGACUAUUGUGGACGAGUUAAGCCAUUGUUGCCGCUUCCGGAGAUUAUGGACAAAGUUGUGGCCGAUUUUGAGCGCCAAUGGGAAGUCGGAACCUUUCAGGGAUGGCCGAAAGAGGCCGGCAGUGUACUGACCAAAGCGGGCGCCCAUUUAGAUCUAUCGGCAUUCAAUUCGGUCGAAGAGUUGGCUUCACUCGGUUUGGAUCGCCUAAAGUCAGGACUGGUAGCACUGGGCUUGAAGUGCGGCGGAACUCUCGAUGAACGGGCCAAUCGUUUAUGGCAAACAAAAGGUAAAUCUGUGGACGAAAUUGAUCCGUCAUUGUUUGCUAAGUCAUCGAAGAAGAAUAAGUCGGGCGGCGGCGGCGGUGGCGGCGGUAAAAGUAAAGAUAUUGGCCGACAAAAAGAGUUGGCACUAUUGGAAGCACAGGUUUAUCGAUUGUCGGAGAUAUUGUCGGAACAGAGACAGGCAACCAAAGAGAAUGUCCAGAGAAAACAGGCCCGAACUGCUGGCGAACGACAGGAAUCAGAUGAAGAGGUAUCCGAAUCGGAAUCAGAUGACGAACAGGAAACGGAUGUUGUGUAUAAUCCGAAAAAUUUGCCGCUCGGCUGGGAUGGUAAACCCAUACCGUAUUGGUUAUAUAAAUUGCACGGUUUGAAUAUUACGUAUACGUGCGAAAUCUGUGGUAACGCUACCUAUAAGGGACCGAAAGCAUUUCAGCGACAUUUUGCUGAGUGGCGACACGCGCACGGUAUGCGCUGUCUGGGUAUACCCAAUACGGCACACUUUGCCAACGUUACGUCCAUCGAGGAUGCGCUGGCAUUGUGGCAGAAACUGAAAGAUGAAAAACAUAAGGAAAAGUUUCAGGCGGCCAAUGAAGAAGAAUAUGAAGACUCGAAAGGCAAUGUCGUCAACAAGAAGACCUACGAAGAUCUUAAGCGCCAGGGAUUGCUAUAGUUGUUGUCUAUCAGUACUAUCACUAUCAUCUGAUCCAUUAGAUUAGCAUCAAUAAGAUAUACCGUAAUUGAAAUCAAUAAUUGAUGGUUUCAUUUAUAUAAAUCAAUAUAUUAUCACUUUAUUUGUUUGU